GCAGCACCGCCACCAGCGCCUCCCACGCCGAAGAGCUCCCUCACCACGAAAUCGAGGAGAUGUCCAUCCACGAUUCCCAACCCCUCUCGAGCCCCACCUGGCUCCCCGGAAAACGACACGCCGAUGAGUUUCUUCUUCAAUUCUGUUGUCACCGUUGCAAUUCAUCUUGUCAUAACGCAAAAUACGCCUUGUCUAAUGACUUAUUCCGAACCUACAUUUGGAUUUGCUCAUGUUCCUGCUUCCCUUCCUAUCGCACACUAUGUUGAACUAGUGGUUUUGCAGAUUUACUAGGAAAUAAUGAUAAAUUUGAAACUUAACUUCUUUGAGUUUUCCGUUGUUCCUUAGAUUUCAUUGAAGAAUAUUCAAUUUCAAUGCUGCUGUAUAGGUUUUGUUCUACAGACAGCUCCGUUAUUAAGUUUACAAUCAUUCAACUUUUGGUUCUAUGAUAAGGAUUUUCAAUUUAUCAUUCACACCGCUCCAUAUUAAGUGUCAUCUAGGUUAUUUUAAUAAAAUGAAAGUUAAUAAAUAGAUAAAGGAGAAUUUUGAAUUUACAAAAAUAACCUUAUAAUUAAUCUUCCCGUUAGAAACUAUAUAAUGCAAAACCACUUUCUAAAGAAUAUUAUAAAGAUAUAAAUAAAAAUAAUAAUUCUACAUUGCAAAGUUAACCUAGCACUUAUUUUAAGACUUUGUAUUUCUUUUAAACACUACACUUAUUAUGGGAGAGAAAGAGUAAAUAAAUAGAAUAUGUACCGUAACAGGCAGGUGAUAUUAAGUCAAAAAUGUGCGAUGGAAAUGAAAAUGCUUUAGUAGAAUUUUGAGGAUUUUCUCUCUUAGGAUUCUGUUUGCAAGUCAAUAUUAAAUGCUUUAGUAGAAAUGAAAAUGAAUAGAAAUAUAGCAUGGAAAAAAUGGGAAAUUACCAUUAAUAAAUAUUGUUUUGGUUUCAAGAGGAGACUUUCGGAUUCCAAUAAAUAAACUGUUAUAGAUAUGAUGAGCUAUUUGGCAAUUCUGGUUAAUUAAUUGGUUUUGUUGAUACAGAACAAACAUUUAUUUUUAGAUUCAAGCCGUUUGAGGGCGUCACAGUUACACUGAAGAUAGCUGUAGAGGUUGUAAUAUCAUAUUCUGUUUGAUUAAUGAAUAAAGUGCAGGAUGAUGCUUCCAUUUCAUGGAGGAAAAGGAAGAAGCAUUUUUUUGUUCUAAGUCAUUCUGGUAAACCAAUAUAUUCUAGGUACGGAGAUGAACACAAGCUUGCUGGUUUUUCAGCAACUUUGCAAGCAAUCAUUUCCUUUGUGGAGAAUGGGGGUGACCAUGUCAAAUUGGUGAGGGCUGGAAAGCAUCAGGUGGUUUUUCUUGUAAAAGGACCAAUUUACUUAGUCUGCAUCAGUUGCACAGAAGCGCCUUAUGAGUCACUUAAGGGGCAGUUGGAGCUUAUACAUGGCCAGAUGAUCGUUAUACUAACAAAGUCAGUAAACAGAUGUUUUGAGAAGAAUCCAAAGUUUGAUAUGACACCUUUGCUUGGUGGAACAGACACUGUCUUCUCUUCACUAAUCCACUCUUUUAGCUGGAAUCCAGCUACAUUUCUUCACGCCUAUACAUGCCUACCUCUUUCAUAUGCAACAAGGCAAGCUGCUGGUGCUAUCUUGCAAGACGUUGCUGAUUCUGGUGUUCUGUUUGCAAUUCUGAUGUGCAGACACAAGGUAAUCAGUUUAGUUGGUGCUCAGAAGGCCUCUCUUCAUCCAGAUGAUAUGUUGCUCUUGGCCAACUUUGUUAUGUCAACAGAAUCCUUUAGGACUUCAGAAGCAUUUUCUCCCAUUUGCUUGCCAAGAUACAAUGCUUUGGCAUUUUUGUAUGCCUAUAUUCACUAUUUUGAUGAUGACACAUACUUGAUGUUGCUGACCACGAGUUCUGAUGCAUUUUACCAUCUUAAGGAUUGCAGGAUUCAUAUCGAAACGGUCCUUUUGAAGUCAAAUGUCCUUAGUGAAGUUCAGAGAUCUUUGCUUGAUGGUGGGAUGCGUGUUGAAGAUCUACCAUCCAUACCUCGUUUUGGAUCGUCUCCUCGUUUGAGCCAGCAUAGGCUUCCAUCAGAUUCCCCUGAAGGAUUGAGGGAACCUGAUUGUGGCUAUGGCGGUGCUGCUGGGUUGUGGCAUUUCAUAUAUCGCAGCAUUUAUCUGGACCAAUAUAUAUCUUCAGAGUUCUCCUCACCUAUUAACACUCCUAAGCAGCAGAAAAGACUGUAUAGGGAUUACCAGAAGCUUUUUGCAUCCAUGCAUGACAAAGGAAUUGGACCACACAAAACACAGUUUAGAAGGGACGAAAACUACGUUCUGCUCUGUUGGAUAACGCAGGAUUUUGAGCUUUAUGCUGCAUUUGAUCCACUUGCAGACAAGGCCAUGGCAAUAAAGACUUGCAAUCGGGUGUGUCAAUGGAUAAAAGACGUGGAAAAUGAAAUAUUUUUGCUAGGAGCUAGUCCCUUUUCAUGGUGAUUUUCUAUUUAAAACUGUAAACAUGUACGAGAAUGUUUAUUUAAUAAAAUUUCUAUAGAAUUUAUUUUUGACUUAUUCUCCCUUCAUGUUCUAUUAAGAAAAUAUUUGAUGGAAAUCAUAUUAUCAGUUUGGUAAUAUUAACAGUUUGUUCCGUA